CGUGUCCGACGCCAUGGUUCCUCUUAGGGAGACCCUGGAAGCCAUCCCAAAGGGCGAAAAGAGACCCUAGGCAGUCCUGCCACCCCAGAGCCGCUGCUGGCGAUGUGACUCGCACCCCACGGUCAGGCCCGUGCACGUGCAGACCCCAAGCAGGAGAGGUUCCGUGAGGGUCUCACUCUGGGUCCAGCUCCACGCGGCACCAUGAACAAUAACUUCUGUCGAGCCCUGGUGGACCGCAGGCCCAUGGCGCCCCCCAGCCGCAUGCAGCUGGGGAUCGUGCCCCCUUCCGGGCAGGGGCCCCUGCCCGCCGCCGAGCCCCUGAGCAACGUGCCCCUCCUGCUGUACCCGGGCCACGCCGAGCCACCGUACUACGACGCCUACGCAGGGGUGUUCCCCUACGUGCCCUUCCCCGGCGCCUUCGGCGUCUACGACUACCCCUUCGAGCCGGCCUUCAUCCAGAAGCGCAACGAGCGCGAGCGGCAGCGCGUCAAGUGUGUCAACGAGGGCUACGCGCGCCUCCGCGGCCACCUCCCCGGCGCCCUGGCCGAGAAGCGGCUCAGCAAGGUGGAGACGCUGCGCGCCGCCAUCCGCUACAUCAAGUACCUGCAGGAGCUGCUCAGCGCGAACCCGGACGGUGCCGGGCCCGCCCCCGCGCCGCCCGCGGGGCCCCGGCAGGACUGCUCCAGCGACGGCGAGGCCCGGGUGCCGCCCUCCCUGGCGCCCGAGUCGUCCGAGUCCUCCUGCUUCUCCUCCUCACCUUUCUUCGAGUCGGAGGAGUCCAGCCACUAAUCGGCGCAGUGGCCACCCCCGGCCUGCGGGAUCCGUAGGCCCCAACCCGCUCCUGGGUGAAGCCUGGGUCUGCUGGGUCACCCCGGGUACGGCGCAGGUCUCUGACACUUGGCGGUCCGCGGCGCUCCCGUUCUGCGACACCCUGCCACCGUCGGCCUCAUCCCUCCCAGCUGGGAACGGAGGUGCAGGGCCGGGGGUGCGAGGGGCACGAUAGAGACACCGAAGGAGCCUCGUGGCUGCAGGGAUGGGGAGCGACUGGGGAAAGCUCCGGGUGCGCGCUGUGACCCCUGCAGGCUGCACGAAGGCACCCCCGGAUUGGCCGUCCCUGGUCUAGCUCUGCUGUGCCUCAGCGCGGUGCGUGGCAAAGUCGGAGUCCAGCCCCAGAUUGUGCACAUCAGGCCUGCGGCCGUGGCCCUACUCGGCCCUCCACCGCCUCAGGCGCAGCUCUGUCUGUGAGUUCCCAGGAGGCGAGCCGGGACCAGUGCGGGCCGAGCUUUGGUUCGGGUCCGCCGUGCCCCGGCUUUCUACGAGACGGCCUCAAAUUCUAGCGUCCUCGUUGGAAGCUUUCUGGCAUUUCACGAACGAAGCCUAAAUGGAGGCGCUGGAGGCUAAGUUGCUGCUUGAACUCAGCCCAGACCGAACAGAACCGACACGCUUGGAAGAGGCGAUGCCUGUGCCACCAGGUGGCGCUCUCCAGCUUCCUUGAGGGAGGGCUUCCAGUCACCCCUCACUCCCCAGUGUGGCCUUGUAGCUUUUCCCAGGUUGAGUGAAGCCUGUGUUUUUACUCUCGGACUAUAAGCCUCUAGGGGGUGGGGGAGAAGACAGGUAUCCUAUAGGUCCAUUGGUGCUGUGUGUGCCUCACAGGACUGAAUAAAAGGAUUGUUGAGGUU